AUGCUUCCUCGAGUUCCAUCCGCGGGUGUUUGGUGUCCGGCAGUGACGUUCUUCGACCCGGCCACCGACGAGCUCGACCUAUCUGCACAAAAGGAGUACUACGCCUAUCUUGCACGGUCUGGACUCACCGGCCUGGUCAUCCUGGGUACAAACGCAGAGGCCUUCCUGCUCACACGCGAAGAGCGGGCACAGCUCAUCAGCACCGCCCGGGAAGCCGUUGGCCCCGACUACCCUCUCAUGGCUGGUGUUGGCGGGCACUCUACCCGCCAGGUGCUGCAGCACAUCCAGGACGCGGUCACGGCAGGGGCAAACUACGUUCUUGUGCUCCCGCCAGCAUACUUUGGCAAAGCGACUACUCCGGCCGUAAUCCGGGCAUUCUUCGGCGAGGUAGCGGCGAGCUCCCCGCUACCAGUGGUUAUUUAUAACUUCCCUGGGGUGUGCAACGGCGUGGACCUUGAUUCGGAGAUGAUUACGACAAUCGCACAAGGAAAUCCGAAUGUUGUUGGGGUGAAGCUUACCUGUGCCAGCGUUGGGAAAAUCACCCGGUUGGCGGCCGUGCUGGCUGCAGACGAGUUCUCCAUAUUCGGCGGACAGGCUGACUUCUUAAUUGGGGGUUUGAGUGUGGGUUCGGCAGGAUGCAUUUCAGCAUUUGCAAACGUCUUUCCCAAGACUAUAUCGAAGGUGUACGAGCUGUAUAAGGCUGGCAGAGUCAAAGAAGCAUUGAGCCUGCAUCAGAAGGCGGCGUUAGCCGAGUCUCCAUGCAAGUCUGGGAUUGCCACGACCAAAUAUGCGGCAGCAAUCUUCUGCGCAAAAGCAGCUGGGAUCGAAAAUGCUGAAGAGAGGAUGAGGCCACGUCGGCCGUAUGAGGCGCCGACCGAGGCGGCAAAGGAGAAUGUGAAGAAAGCGAUGGCCGAGGUGGCACUGAUCGAGCAGGGUCUCUAG